UCAUUAGCUGAAAAAAACGUUAAACGAUGGUGAAAAUAUUGACCCCGACGUGAUUUGAACACGCAACCUUCUGAUCUGGAGUCAGACGCGCUACCGUUGCGCCACGAGGUCCUGCAUUCCCACUCUAGAUCCGUGGGUACAUAAACAUGGAUACACUCCCAAGCAUCGCGUGUGCCUCAAUUUGCUUUUAUAUUGUUUCUAAAUCUCCACGGUAAAACAUUAAUCAGCAACCAUGAAAAAAUAUUGGGAAAAAAGCAAAACAAAACAGCAGAUAGCUUGCAAGCUAAGCCCUAGCUAAUGUUAGCGAGGCUUAGCUAGGUUAGCCAGCUAAUAUGAACAAACGGUAUAAGGGAAGAAAGUAGUUUCUUAACAGUUUGGAAAGAAAUAACCGUUAAUUUAACUGCAGCGUUAAUUGUUAAAUGUCCAGAAGAAGUAUAGAGAUAGUGAACACGGCAUCGCUGACCUGCCAACUAACGACAGCACAAACUGUAGGCUAUAUAACGUGAUGCAAGUUAUCGAUAACUGUGUUAUUAAUGUUAAGCUAGUCAACGUUAGCUAACUAACGUCCAGGACACAACAACCGAGUUAACCGCCACUGAAGCGAGAGGGAGAGCUGACACGUCAGAUAGCUUGAUGCUAGGAGCUGCAGACUGCGGUCAAAGAGAAGGGGACUCGUUGCUCCGGUUCGUACUUAUCUAAAUGCCACCGGACACCGACAGCGACCUCGGACCGGACGGACGGACGGGCAGCGGGACCGCGACGCACGGGACUCACCGGGAACAUGGCGGCGGGAACAACAACCUGCUCGGUACCGUAGCGACGAAAACUCAGAGGAACGACGCUGGUAACGAAGGAGCAUCACUUAACACAGAAGCGAUGAUGGGAAACCUGAAGGCAGCAACCCGUUUCUAAGCAACAGCAACCCAGCGUGCAAUACCACACGCCAUGGGCUACAAGAUCCCUGGGGCAGCGAUGGACAGAGUCAGCCUGCUGUGGCGUCUGAGGCGUCGGGCUCGCCGUGGAGUGCUCUGCAUGGCCUUCUUCUGCAUCUCCAUGGCUCUGCUCUACGCCAUCUGUGCUGAAAACAGCGUUCCUGUCACAGAUGCCAUCUUCGGGGUCCGGGCGCGAACCCGGGCUCAGCCGCGUGCACACUCUGUCAUCAAGGUGCUGCGAGGCGGAGCCAAGCCCAUGUACAUCGACCCUCAGAAGCUCCCUGGUGUCGUCCCAGGUGACCCUCACCGACCAAUCCCUGUCCUCUCCUCUCCAAACCACACCCAGGAAGCUGGGGACUCCUCAUCAAAGCGAAAGCUGAGACAACGGGAUCCCUCUGGGUUUUUCUCUCGGCUGCUGCCGCGCCCCUUCACACGUGCACUGGAGACCCUGUUUGGAGGCCGGCGGAGGGGGGAGCUGAGUGGGAGAGGGGGAGAUGCGGAGUUCUUCGGGCCUCACGGGCUUUUGGGAGAGGUGUGGGAUGAUGAGAUGUCCAGUAGCAUGCUGGGAAGCAGACUGAGGAAGGUGGUGCAAAAUUAUCAGGCGAUGAAUAAGUACGGAGUUGAGUUCUCCGGCCCUGGCGGUGUGCCCGGCAGGCCCAAGUUGAGUGGCCCCAAGCUUCUCUGCCAACUGAAGGAAAAGGUAGAGGUCACGACUUUGACCCCUGACCUUCAGCCCUUCUCGUCACUGCCCUGGGCCGCCCAGAUGCCAUCGAAGCAGCUGACCUCUGACCUCGGGCCGUACAAGAGCUGUGCUGUGGUGUCAUCAGCAGGGUCACUCCGCUACUCUGGACUUGGCAAAGAGAUAGACUCUCAUGAUGCUGUGCUGCGCUUCAACGCUGCACCCACGACCGGUUAUGAGAAGGACGUUGGUUGUAAAACCACCAUCCGCCUCAUCAACUCACAGGUGAUGGCGUCUGAUGACCAUCGUUUCCUGUCCAGCUCUCUCUACAGCUCAGGUACUCUGGUGGCCUGGGACCCCGCCCCCUUCUCUGCUGACCUCACUCAGUGGUACAACAGGACAGACUACCCCAUCUUCACCCAGUACCAGAGAUACAGGAGGCUUCAUCCUAUGCAGCCUUUCUACAUCCUGCAUCCUCGCUUUGAGUGGCAGGUUUGGCGCCAAAUACAAGACAACAUGGCUGAGCCUAUCCAGAAGAACCCGCCCUCCUCCGGCCUGCUCGGCACUGUCCUGAUGAUGUCGCUGUGCGAGGUGGUGCACGUUUACGAGUUCCUGCCGUCCCGGAGGAAGACGGAGCUCUGCCAUUACUACCAGCGUUUCUUCGACGCCGCCUGCACGCUCGGCGCCUACCACCCUCUGCUGUACGAGAAGAACCUGAUCAAACGGAUGAACCAGGGGUCCAACCGUGACAUCUACACCCACGGACGCGUCACGCUGUCUGGGUUCAGCAAGCUGAACUGCACUCAGGCUGCUGGAGGUGGAGUCAACCACUGACUGGAAAAUACAGAGGCAGUGAAGCAAAACAAACACACACACACACACACACACACACACACACACAAAAUGCAAAGCAGAAUCCUGCAUGAAGACACGUAACAAUGAACAUGAACAUGACAGUCGCAUGAAAACUUCAUAUUCACUGCCGAACCUAAAGGAACGCUGUGCCACUCACUAUAAAUAUUACAUGCUGUCAUUAUAGCCUGUAAACACUGGAAUACGCACAUUUCUUUGUCAUAGCGCACACACACAAACACACACACACACACACACUGAUAGAUGUGCCUGCUGUUCACAUAUACAUAUCCUCAUGAGGACAUUCCACUGAUAAUGUUCAUCCUUGAACCCUAAACUAACCCUAAUAUCAACCCUUAAAGGGCCAUACCACUGCUUUUUGAAGGUUUUCGUAACAUGAUUUUUAAGAAAAAUACAUUAGCCAAGUAUUUUCCAAAGCAUGCUAUGAGGUUUUAGAUUUAUUCCCUGUCUUCCAAGACAGAAAUCAGCUCCUGCACGCUGUCAACACUUGUGGUGAAUUUAUGGAAUAGCUACGUUUCGGUUUCCGGCAUUUCUUAUAACAAAUAACAAGAAGCCUGCAUAAAAAUAAAUACAUACUCACAAAGAAAAACAAGCAAACCUAAAGACAAAACAAUUGACCAUACAUAAAAAAAAAUAAUAAUAAUGUGGCCAUUUUCUUAUUGUUAAGGUGUUUCAGUGUGGACAGAGAUCUUUAAUAACAUGUUGUGUUCACACAGAAACAGUCUUUUAAAAAUUAAAUGAGUUAUUGUGGAUGCAGUCUGAGAACAAACACAACAAGUUGGUCAAGAUACUUUGUCCUCACUAAGUUCUCAAAAUGAGAGGUUAACUCAAACUGUUAUAACUAAAUAAAAAAUAAAGUGAGAAAUACGGAGUUUGUAUCUCUCAGCCAAGCCCAAGCGACUCAGACCCCAGUUGGAUAGGUGAUUAGAUUGAUAGAGUAGUUACAAUCAACAUCCAAGAGGUGUAUUUUCCCCCUGCUGCUAGUUUUAUUUUGCUAAGCUAGGACACACAGACUCUGUUCUGGAUCCACAAAGAUGAAACUGAAAUCCAUCUUCUCAUCUGACUCUGGAAAACACAAGAGAACAAGAGGAUUUCACUGAAAUGUUGGACUGCUCCUUUAAGAAACCUGUGGCAUGAGUAAAGUGUCUGAUGGAUGUCUCCACAUGUACACACACAUGUACACACACCUUACUGAAUCUAUUUAUUGAAGAAAAUACUACCUGCACAUGACUCGACUCCUAAUCUCUUACCUUGUCUUCGAUCCAACAAUACAGUAAAAACCUACAAGUUAAACAGACUAACAAAACAUUUUUGACCCCGUAACAACCUAUUCCUAAUAAUAUUUUUUAUGAUUCUUAUAUAGUGUAUAUAUGAUAGCAGUAAUACCCAGGAGGACAGUCUUUAGUGUGAUUCUGUGACUCACCUAUGUGAAGCAGAACAGAGUUUUAUUUACAGAACAUUAUUCCAUGCACGUUACAAUCUAAUAUACAUGGUUAUCUUAACCAGUAACAUGUUGUUUUAGAUGGAAUUGUUAUUCAUUAAUGAAAUAGAAAAUAACACGGAAGGUGGUGACUAACAUUGUUUCGCAGCAGCCACACUGACAAGGCCGCCUGCAGAUGUGUGCGCAGACGAUUUUUUUUUGUUGUUUAUCGGCUUCGUGAGCGCAGGCAUUUGCCGAUUCUCUCAAAAUGCCAGAUAAUCGGCCCGAUUUUAUCGGUCUAUCACUAUUUCAGAGUAACACUACGCUUAACUGCAACAUUUCCUCAGAGAAGUGGGGAAACUAAACAUGUCAUGAUGUCAUGCUAAGGUAGCUGCUAGCUAAUGUAGAAGCGCUCCCUUAACACCUUGCACGAAGGAAUAGCUUCGAAAGCCAGUAAGCAUUUCCCAAAAUAUCAAACAAUUUCCUUUAAGACCCAACCUGAAUGAGCCUGUCUCAUACUACCCUAACCCGACCUGAACCACUGAUGUGUUUUAGUUCUGUCUUCCUCAUAGAAGAGGUUUAUGCUAGCACCACUAGAACAAAAGUGGCUUACAAUAGCCAAUAAGCCAUUCCUCUUAGGUUAUGUGUGUAGUUUCAAUAACACUGCAGACAUUUCAUCCAUCCAUCCAUCAACAUAUGACACCUUAGCAUCUCAUCUUUCUGUUCAAAUCUUCCAACUUUGUGUCUGAAAAAUGUUUCAGGAACUAAAACUCCAGUCUGCUAACACAUUUGCAUCACUGUUGAAUGUUCAGUAUUAUCACAGUAAAGAACGGCCUCAAGGGUAUUAUGGCUUUUCUAUUAUUACCGACGCAUGUGUACCAUCUGUUAAAGUUUUUCUCCAAAGUAGUGUAGCAACAGGAGAACAUGCUACAUCUCUGAUAAACAGAGAAAUUAUCCGCAUGGCACAAAUUCAUUCACGUGACCAUCGAUGUAAAACAUGCAUAUUGUUUUCAGCAUCAUCACAUGUGAACCAGACAAUGUGAGUUUGAUGCGCCUUAGAGGAUGGAUGUUAUGUGUGUAAAAAAUAUCUGAUUUUUUCAUAAAGAGAAAUAGAAACCUCAUUGGAAGCCGUAUUGAAAUAAGGUCUCCAUGUACAUAGACACAUACCGGAACGGUAUUAUGUCGAAUUAAUGCAAAACUAGGGGGCACCAUCAUGAAACCAAAAAAUAGAAACCAGAAAUGUCUACCUUUUUGGUUCUUGUUUCGUUUUAGUUUUUCUCAAAGGAGAACACGUGACAAGUGAUUUACAGAGCAGAUAUGUGCUGUAGCACAGAAGAAAAAUGCAAUUUAAUUUCAGUUGGAUUUUUCUGUGGUUUUGAGUGAAAUGUGUCAAGAACUAUUGGAUGGGUUGCUACGAAAAUUGGUACAAACGUUCAUCUAGCGCCAUCAUCAAGUAAAAAAUUUAAUUUGCCCAAUACUUUGGUUUAUGACCAAAUACCUGCUAAACUGACAUUCCCAUCAGCCUCAGCUGUACUUUGUGUUUAGUGCUAAUAGCAAAUGUUAGCAUGCUAACACGCUAGACUAAGAUCAGAACAUCAGCAUGUUGGCAUUGUCAUUACGAGCAUAUUAGCUGAAGCUGCCAUGUGUAAUUUCCUGUGUGCAUUGUACCUAAUGUGAACUUUGAAAGUGACAGGGGAAAUAUACAAUGUACAAAGAACAGUAGGUGGCAGUGGAGAGUCAGCAGGGGCCCAACACCAAAUGUUGUGUUUGAAAGACAAGUUGGCACAUCGAGUUUCACUUCAGUCUGAAGCUGAAAGAAUCAGAGCUCGAGCAGUCUCCAAGAAACAAAAUGGCUCCGCUGUUGUAUUUUUUUUUUUUUAUCGUUUUGCACUCUUGUCCCAACUCCUGCUCGUUUGAUUCCAGCCGUCACUGGACGUUUGUGCGAAACCUUUUGACAUUUUCUUUAAGCUUACAGAUGCACUAUUACUUCUGCUUUGCCUUCAUCCUCAACGUUUCUGAGAGGGUUGGUUGUUACACUGUUAACUGUGGUUUCAUGUGGUUGAUUGUAUUUAUUAUUUCUUGAGUUUAUUUUUUUUCCUGUGGUACUGGACUCUUGUCAUUUGAUCGAACAUGCAAAGAACAUACAUGCAUACAGCAAACAUA